AUGAGCAGAGUGCUCCAGUAUGUCUCACCCCUCCUCAUUUUUCAGGGGUCUGUAUCCUUCGAGGAUGUGGCUGUGAACUUCACCUCAGAGGAGUGGGCUUUACUGAAUUCUUCCCAAAAGAAGCUGCACAGAGAUGUGAUGCAGGAAACCUUCAGGAACCUGGCUGCCGUAGCAAAAAAGCAGGAAGAUCAGACCCUUGAAGAGGAUGAUGAAAAUUUAAGGAAAAUUCUUCCCACUGAAGUUCAGACUGGAUACAAACUAUGUGAGAAUCAAGAAUAUGCCAAGAAACCAGGCACUUAUAAGGACUGUGGGAAAGUCUAUAGUUCUCUCCAGUGCUUUCUGGAACAUCUGAAGACUCACACAGAAGAGGAACCUUACAAAUGUAAGCAAACUGAGGACUGUUUUAGUGGACACCGUGAUGUUCAUGACCCUGAAGGAAUGCAUGCUAAAGAAAAACUUUGUGUUUUAAAGCAGACUGGGAAAGAUUUUUUGACUCUUGCUGGUAUCCAACAGCAUGUAACACAUGAUGGACAUGGGCCAUAUAUAUGUAAAGUAUGUGGUAAAGCCUUUCACUCUUCUGGUUCUUUCUUGACACAUGAAAGAACACAUACUGGAGUCCAGCUUUAUACAUGUAAGCAGUGUGGUAAGACCUUCACUUAUUCCAGUGGCCUUCGCCGCCAUGAAAGGACCCAUAGUGGAGAGAAACCCUAUAAAUGCAAGCAAUUUCUGAAAGUCUUUCCUUCUUUGAGUAAGGUUGAGGGUCAUGAAAAGACUCAUAAUGUAGUAGAAUACAUAUGUAAUCAAUGUGGGGUAGCCUUCAUUGAUCACAGUUCCCUUCAAUGUCAUGAAAAGAUUCACAAUUUGGAGAAACCCUAUGUAUACAAGCAAUGUGGAAAAGCAUUUACUUGUUCUAGUGCCUUGCGAAGACAUGAACGAAUUCAUACUGGGGUGAAACCCUAUGAAUGUAAGGUAUGUGGGAAAGCCUUCAUUGAUUGCAGUUCUCUUCAAUGUCAUGAAAGGAUUCAUAGUGGAGAGAAACCUUAUGUGUGUAAGCUGUGUGGAAAAGCGUUCAGUUGCCAAGGUUCUCUUAAAUGCCAUGAAAGGAUUCAUAGUGGAGAGAAGCCCUAUGCAUGCAAGCAAUGUGGGAAAAACUUCAUGCAUCACAAUGCUCUUAGAUACCACGAACAGAUUCACAGUGGAGAGAAAUCCUAUGGGUGCAAGCAAUGUGGGAAAGCCUUUGUGUUGAGCAGCGCAUUGAAAAAACAUGAACGAAUUCACAGUGGAUUGAAACCUUGUUUGUGCAGGGUGUGUGGAAAAGCCUUCACGUUUCAUAGUUCCCUUCAUUGCCAUAAAAGGACUCACACCGGAGAGAAACCCUAUGUAUGUAAACAGUGUGGGAAAGCCUUUAUGUAUCACAGUUCUCUCCGUUGCCAUGAAAAUAUUCACAGUGCAGAGAAACCCUAUGUGUGUAAGCUGUGUGGGACAGCCUUCACUUUUCACAGUUCACUUCAGCGCCAUGAGAGAAUACACAGGGGAGAGAAACCCUAUGUAUGUAAGUUCUGUGGGAAAGCCUUCACUGAUCACAGUUCCCUUCGAUGCCAUGAGAGAAUUCACACUGGAGAGAAACCCUAUGUGUGUAAACAGUGUGGAAAAUCCUACAGUACUCAUGGUUCUCUUCGAUACCAUGAAAGGAUGCACUGUGUGUAAACUACAUUGGAAGACGUUCUCCUCUUUGAAUAAGUUUCAAUUAACUAAAAAACAAAAUAUAUGGUUAUAAGCAAUGCGAAUAAGCCUUAACAUGUUCUGGUUCCCGUCAAAAAACAUGGGUGGAGACAUAUUGGAGAGUAUCUCUAAAUAUAUAAUAAAGGGAGCUCCUUUAUUGCCAGCUUUUUCUAGCAAGCAUGAUGGCUUAACGAAUUUAACCUGUAUUAAUGUAAAGAUGUGGGAUUAUCUCCACUUG